GAAAGUGCUCCACCGGUUCUCCACGCGACUGAAGCUCCAUGGCGCGGCGUCCACCUCAUUUAGAAGGUGCCGCCGACCCGGCGACCGGCUCGACGGGCUCGGCGCCGCUGUCGCCCCUCCGGCAGCGGGGAGGAAACUUGCAGUUGGAUACCUCCCUGAAGCCGCCCACUCGGAAGCCCAAGCAUCACGCGCACGGAAGCCACCACCACCCGCUGCCAAGCACGAAGGUGUAUUUUCACGUGGAAUGCCGCGGCAUCAAGUUUGGAGAGACGGUGCGGGUCACGGGCGAUCACCCGAGCCUGGGGAGCUGGGACGUCUCGAGAGCGAUGGAGCUGGAAACCCAGCAGGAUCUCUUCCCCGUCUUCAUCUCCCAGUCCCCCAUCUUCGUGGAGCUUCAUACCAAGGUGCAGUACAAGUAUUUACUUUGUGGUGUGAAUGGCCAGCCACGUGAUUGGGAGGACGGAGGUCUCGAGCGGAGCUUCGUGGCCAACGGCACCGAGAUGACGCUGGAAGACGACGACGGGGCCUUCCGACAGAAGGUGGGCAUGGAGGAAGACUCCGACGGUGAAGAAGAGGUGGGAGUGCCCCGCACGAACUCCAAGUCGCGGAAUCCCUUCAGCAUGGACAAAGAACAGAAGCUCUCGUUCAUCAAGGAGCUAGAGGGCAAGGCCGACAUCGGCGCCACGGACACCGUUUUCAUGCUGGCCUUUCAGCUGCCGGUGAAGGUCUUUAAGGACACCGACGGCGUAUGGAAGCUGAGCCAGAAGGCACCCACUGAUGGCCGUAACUUUGCCUUUCUGCCGUUGCUGCAGGAGGUCAAAGAAAAGAAGAAGUUGAAGGUGGUGAACAUCGGCUGGCCGGGCGUCCACCCGGAGACCGAGAAAGACAAGCGGGACAUCGAGCGGCUCCUGGCGGCCCACGACUUCAUCCCCGUGUGGCCUCCGCGGAAGGAGUUCGACGCCUUCCUGAUCUUUUGCCGGACCAUCUUGUGGCCUGUCUUUCACGACAGCAUGCAGACCCUCCAGUCGACGAAAGCAGAGCUCUUCAACGAACAGGGAUGGGCGGCCUAUCAACAUAUCAAUAACAUCUAUGCCUUGGCGUGUGUGCCGCACACCCAUGAGUCGGAUCUGAUUUGGAUCCAGGACUAUCACAUGCUCAUGACGCCGACCUUCAUUGCUCGCAAGAUCCAUAAGGCCAACAUCGGUUUUUAUUUGCACGUCCCCUUCCCCUCCUCAGACACCUUCAAGACAUUGCCGUGGCGAGAGGAGAUUCUCGCUGGCAUGCUGAGUGCGGAUCAACUGGGAUUCCAAUUUUUCUCCUACGCGCGGAACUUCAUCGUGAGCUGCAAGCGGACAUAUGGUCUGGAGCCCUCCUUCCGGACAGGUGGCUUCAUGGGCCUGGAUUGGAACGGACGCAACAUCAUGAUCAAGGUGGCUCACUUCGCCUACCCCUAUCAGGCCUCCAUCAAGGAGGUGGAGAGUGACGAGGUGCAGCGCGAGGCAGUGAAGGUGAAGGAGCUCUUCAAGGACAAAACAAUUUUCGCAUGUAUGGAUCGGGCGGAUGGCUUGUCGGGACUGAUCCCCAAGUUCCAAGCCUUCAAGCAGUUCCUCAAGGAGAAGCCCGAGCACAGCGGGAAGGUGGUACUGGUCCAGUACUGCUUCGAAUCCGUUGGCGGCAGAGAAGACGUGGCUGUGAUGACAAGACUGCGAAAGGAGGCUGAUGCUCUCUUGAGCUCCUCCAAUGGCAAGUUAGAAAUCCAGCCACUGAACGAAGGUUCUCCUGAGUCAUGCCACAUUUUCAUGCGCUUGGACAAGGCUGAGCGAGCCGACCGGCUGGGCCUCUUCCGAGCGGCUGACAUCCUGCUCGACACGAGCGCCAAGAACGGCUUGAACCUCAUGCCCUUCGAGUUCAUCACCGCGCAGCAUGGCACACCGAACCCCAAGGUGUGCAUCGUCAGCGAAUUUUCGGGCUGCAGCCGAGUGCUGAUGGGUUCCUUGCGCAUCAACCCAUGGAACAACUCGGCGCUGUCCAACUCCUUCGAGCGCGCACUGAGCAUGGCCGAUGAGGAGAAGAAAGAUCGCUGGCAGUGUGACCUCCAGUAUGUGUCGAAACAGUGCCAAAUGGGCUGGUUCGAGGACUUCCUUACGGACCUCCGGAGAGCCCGGAAGCGGGACGAUGUCCGAUUGGAAUCUAUCGGCUUCGGAGCCAAGAUGCGGCAGGUCGCCAUCGGUUCCAACUUCCAAAAGCUCCCCAUCAACGCAGUACUCCAGGCUUUCCGGCACGCGCGAAACCGUGUGCUGUGCUUCGACAACGAGGGGACUUUGGCCACGGACAAGAGGCACUUGCACCGGAGAUACACGGCGCACACCAGCGCAUUGGCAGACCUCGCCAGUCGAGGAUCAGCUCCCAACGAGCACGUCAUGGAUUGCUUGCAGUCAUUGAGUGCAGAUAGUCGGAACACCGUGGUGAUCCUCAGCGGUCGCAGCUGGGAGACCAUGGAGGAGUGGUUUGGAAAGGUCCCUCGGCUGGGACUCGGUGCCGAGCGAGGCUUCUUCUACAAGUUGCCCUUCAGCACCGGUGGACAGUGGCAUUGUAUGGUCCAGAAGCCCGACUAUGACUGGAAGUCCUUCGCCUUCGAGAUCAUGCGGCAGUUCGUGAAGAGGACCCAAGGCAGCUUCAUCGAGAACAAAGGCAGUGCAUUAGUUUGGCAGUACAGAGAUGCUGACCCCCAUUUCGGCUCGUGGCAAGCGAAAGAGCUCAGCUCCCAUUUGAAGGAGCUGCUCGUUGGCUACGACCUCGAAAUCCUCGAGGGCAAGGGCUACGUGGAGGUGAAGGUGCGUGGCGUGAACAAGGGCGUGGCGGUGAAUAAGGCUCUUCAGAAGGUCAAGCAGAUGUUUGGCGAGGUGGAGUUCGUGCUUUGCAUCGGGGACGAUCGAAGUGACGAGGACAUGUUUGAAGCCGUCAACCUGAUCGAUCCGACUGAAGAUGAGGAGGCUGAGUCGCAGAGAAGCACCACAGACAGUUCGGAGAAUGACGAGUUCGGUAUGGCACGGCUGAAAGCAAAGUCCGAAGUCUUGCUGCCCAAGCGACAAAGUAGCGGCAAGCUGGGAGGGCUGUGCGGGCUCACCGAGAAUAUGCGAGGUAGCUUAGGCGGUGGACUUUCCAGCCUUGGUGAAGGCGGUGAUGAACAUGCCAGUCGCAGGUUCUUCACGUGCACAGUGGGACGAAAGCCAAGUGCGGCGAAGUUCUUCUUGGAUGACACCGAUGAGGUCUCCGAGCUACUUGCCAGUUUGAAGCAAGUGCAGGAGAAGCAGAACAAGGAAAGCAACUUGGGAACCUGGUCCUACGGAGAUGGGAAGGACAAAGGCAGCGCUAUGGGCCUGCCUUCCUUCAGUCAAUGAGUGGCAAAUGUUUCACCCUAAAAAUAUUCUUGAAGAUGAAUAAAUAGCACCCAGCCCAGACAUCACAAGAAGU